CUUUCCAUCUGCAGAAAAAGCAUCUGAGAGAAAAGUUAUGACUGAACAGCAGAAGAUCACACUGAAGGCCAAAGACAGAAGAUAUGCUCUGGAUAACCCUGAGAGAGGAAUAACUGCUUUUCCACACUCCUUUCUAAGAGAGACAUCGUUGUAUUCUCAGCAGCCUUCUGCAAGGAGGACUAUGGAGGCUGAAGAAGAAGAGCUUUUAUAUUUAGCUUUCAUUGAAGAUGUAACAAAUGAUAUUCUUAGCCUUGGGCUAUUUUCUAACAGAGUUAUGGAACAACUGUUUGAAUGUCAUAUACAAGAAAAUAAGAACCGUUUGGAUGAGAGCAAAAUGCGCCAGUUCUUGGAUGCACUGAGAGCAGACCUCGGCUGCAGCCCUGACAGCAGCACAGAGCAAAGCCACACGGGCUGGGAAGCCCUUGACUCGCUGGAUCUGCAAGAGUUCCAUACGAUGGAAGAGCCUGAGUCUACCAGUAAAAGUCAGAGGCAAAAAAAAGCCACAAAAAGUGAGGAAUUCUUUGGGACCAUGGACUUAUCGUUAAAGGAACUAAACAACUGUGAAUCAGGACGAUGCGGGGAAAGUUCAAAGGAGACAGAGAGCCAGGAUGACUUUUCAGAAGAUACUGCUAAAGUGAUGGAUGCUGGCACAGAGCCUGAUCCUUGUGUGAAACUGGAAGAAGACCCAGAUAUUUCACCAUCGUCCGAGGCAACUUUAAACUUGAUUACUUGUGACAGUGAUUUGGAAGCCAACAAGGAAAUCAACGAUCUUGAGGAAAACUUCGCAGAGUCCCUUCAUAUAUCACAUGACUCUUCAUAA